AUAUUUAGAAAGAAAUAAAAUUUUAAUAGCAUAAGAUUUUUUUUCUCAUAUAAGAAAGUUUAAAAGAGGAAAAUUAAUAAAAAAUUGGGGAAACAAAUUGUUUUUAAAAUUUUUCAAAUUUUUUUAUAAUAAAAAAAAAACGAAAAACCAAAGUAACAGUAUAAAAAUAUUUGUUUUGAUUUUUUUUUCAUCCUUGCUUUUAAUUUUCAAAAAUUCUUAAGUUAAAAGUGUAAUAUAAAAUUUUAAACUAAAAUCAUAAAGAAAUUUUCAUCAAUUGAACUAAAAAAAAGGGCACAACUCAAGAAACACAAAAGAAAAAUUUGGAAUUUGGAAAAAUCAAAAACCCUUGACAUAAUUUUAAAAAUUGAAAAUGUUUUAUUCAUUAUUAAAUUGUUUUCUUUUAAUUGGUUUUAUAAUACAAAUAGUAUAUGGAAUUGAUUUGGGGUCAUUAAAGGGUACAAAAUCCCCACGUUUAACAAAAUAUACUCAAAGUCCAACAAAAUCUUCACCUACAUUAUCAACAUUAUCAUUAUAUAGAAUAAAUUCAACAGCAGGAACAACUUGUGUUUUAAUUCAAACAGAUGCACUGUUAACAAUUAGAUAUCGUAAUAAAUAUGGUGAAGAUGUUGAAGCUGAUACAUUUAUACCAGAUGAUCCACAAUUAUCUGGUGAUUGUUCAGAAUCAGAUUAUGAGAGUAUUAAAAUGAAAUUUAAAGGUUUUGUUCUUGAUAUUUAUUAUCAAAAGACACCUGGUGGUGAAAGAUGGUAUAUUAGUGGUAUGGAUUUAACAUAUUCAUCAUCAAAUCCAAUAUUUGAACAUAUCGAUCGUCCAAAUUUAAAUGUUAAAUUAUCAACAAAACCUCAAUCAAUGUAUUUUCCGACACCAGUUGGUAAAUCAUAUUCAUGUCAUACAGAACAAGAGAUAUUAAUGUAUGCACCAGCUGAUUCAGAUGAUAAAUCUGGACAUAUUGCAAAAUUAUAUUUAAGAGAAACACGUAUGCAAAGUUUUAUGUAUAAAGCUAAUGGUUUAUGGGGACCAGUAUUUGUAUGUAGUGCAACUGGAAGUUAUCGCGAUGAAACUGCUCCGUUAGCUGUUGGAACAACAUUAGCAGUAUUUGUUUUGAUUACAAUUGGAGGUUAUGCUGUAUGGAGAUAUUUCAAAGUGAAGAAAGUUCAAUAUGGCACAAUGGAAUAAAUUAAGAAAAAUUCAUUUAAUUAUACAUAUAAGUAAAUACUAUACAUAUAUAAAAAAAAAUAUCGGAAUUUAUUCGUUUUUAUGUUAAAUUUAAUAUAAAAAAUAUAUAGAUAUUAAAUUAAAUAUGAAUUUAAAUCAAUAUCAUAAUAAUAUUAAGUUGAAUUUAAAAAUUAAAAGAGAUUUGUAAAAAGAACCACAUAAAUGAAGUACUAUGUAAAAAAGUUACAAAUGAAAUGCAUAUAAAAAUAGUUAAUUAUAAAUAUUAAAAAGAAGUAAAUGAUUAAUAUGAAAAAUGGAAAAACCUUAUGUUAAAUAAGAGUUGAGUUGUUAAGAAAAACUAAAAUCCAAAAUAUUGUUAAAAUAUAAACUUAAUAUUGAUUUUUAGUAAAUAAAAAAAAAGAAUAAUCUGUAUUAAUUGUUACACAAAUGUUAUAAUUAUAAAAAUUUUAUUUUCUUUAAAAAUAAUUUAAAAAUUAAAUUGAUAUUAUUAUUUCAUAAUAUAACUAUGGUUUUUCCACAUAACUCAAUUUAAUUUGUGAUUAAACUGAUUAUUUUAAAUUAAAUUAAUAUUUUAAUUAAAUUAAUUUAAAAAUAAUUUUUAAAUUAUUUAAUUUAAAAAUAAAAUUGUUAAACUUAUCAUUAAAUUUAUAUAUAAUUAGGUAUAAUCGAUAAUAUCAAAUGUCAGUCGACAGCAAAUGCACCAACCCUACAAUUUAAUUUAUGUAAAAAAACUUUGGCAUUCAACCGGUUAACAAACCAUCUUUGACAACGAUUCAAUUUGGAUAAUUUAAAUUUGGCAUUUUACUUAAAUGAUAUUUUGAUUAAAUAAAAUUAAUUUAUACUUUUCAAAAUUUUCCAUUUUGCACAAUAAAUAAAAUUAAAAGUUGAAAUUGUUAUAUUACAAAAAUGUUAAAAAAUUUCAACAAUAUAUAUUUUGUCAAAAACUUUGCAUUAAAGCAUUAAUAAAUACAAUUAUUUUAAUAAUUGCAAAUAUCAAUUAAGAUGCAAAAGAAUUCAAUGAACAUUUUACAUUAUCGAUUAUUG